GUCCGUGAGGCGGAAGUGGAGCGGUGUUUGUUUGUUGUUUGUGGUGGUGUUCGCAGUUUCGCAGGUUGUGUGAGGCGGAUUGGAGAUGAAGACCUUCGGCCUGUUCCUGAGCUUCUCCUGCUCCAUGCUCCUCUGCUGCUCCGCUUCCGCCUUCGAUGGAGUUUUGGGCAGCAGCGCUUCAUGUCACAGGAGCUGCGGGAUGACGUACAGCCUGCACACAUACCCGCGGGAAGCGGAGCUGUUCGCCUGUCAGAGAGGAUGCAGACUUUUCUCCAUCUGCCAGUUUGUGGGAGACAGUGAGGAUCUGAAUCAGACCAAGUCCGAGUGUGACUCCGCCUGUAACGAGGCGUACGAUGGGGCGGAUGAGCAGUUCGCCUGCAGUCUGGGGUGUCAGGGGCAGCUUCCCAUCGCCGAGCAGAGACAAGAGCAGUUGUUGGCCAUGAUGCCCCGAAUACACUUGCUCUACCCCCUGACGCUGGUGCAGGGAUUCUGGGAGGACAUGAUGAACCAGGCCCAUGAGUUUAUUGCCUCAUCAUGGACAUUUUACCUGCAGGCUGAUGAUGGGAAAGUGGUAAUUUUCCAGACCGGACCACAGGUUCAGUUUGUGUCUCAGGUAGACAUGGACAGGGAGGAGCUGCAGGAGGAGCCUCGGAGUUCAGAUCCUGAGAUCCGCGAGCCGGUGUACAGAGAGUUCAGUAGGAGCUUUAACCAGCAGAGGUUCGGCGCAGUGGCACGCGAUCAGGAUGAAUAUACCUUCUUCAGCUGUUUCUCCAGGAGCCCGUGGUUGCCUGGCUGGAUUUUGACUACUACUUUGGUUCUGUCGGUUCUGGUUCUAAUUUGGAUCUGCUGUGCUACGAUGGCCACCGCGGCGGAUCAGUACGUCCCUGCUGAGAAGUUGAGUAUUUAUGGAGACCUGGAGUACAUGAAGGAGCAGAAGCUGAAGCCUUACCCACAAUCCUCUCUGGUGAUCGUCACCUCUUUGGUGAAGGAGGACGAGGCUGAAGCGCUUCCAGCUAAGAUCAAAGCGGAUCUGAGCGCCAUUUAAACUCCAUCUGACCAAAGUGUAAAUGUUUAUGGAUGAGGGAAUGUGCAUUAGAGGCAACGUACGCGUCGAGGCUUUAUUAGAAAUUUUCUUUAGAUAAUGGGGAUUAUUUCUUUACCACAUUAUGCUUUGUGUGUGUGUGUGUGUGUGUGUGUGUGUGUGUGUGUGUGUAUGAGUGGUGAUUUUUCAAGGACAUUAAAUCGCCCCCAGGCCCUGUAUUUACUGUUGGUUUGACGAUUGCAGAUUUUUCUAUGUGAUGUUUAGGUACAGGGGUGUGUGUGUGUGUGUGUGUGUGUGUGUGUGAGUGUGUGUGUGAUUUACAGUGUGUAGAUUCAGAUUGAGUUUUUCUUUUCACCUGUGUUUAAAUGGAGCAGUGGGUGCAUGUUUAUAUACAGUAGUGUGUGAGAAACCUCGUCAGCAGUUUAGGGCUCUAUUACAAAACUAAGUCAGGAAAAGUCAGUGUGUUUGUGUAGACGUGGUGACGGUAAAACUAACCUGGUGUUAGACCUGGUGAGACUGCGCUCAGCAAUGACAUCAAUAAUCAAUAUAGCUUCAAUAUAAUCAUCUAUCAAACUAAUCAAACUGUUAAAAAUGUGGAAGACUUUUAAGGUUGGGUUUGACUUUCUAAAAUUCUUACAAUAAAAAGUGAAAAGAAA